AUGCUUCCGUCGACGCGAAAGGCGGCCUCGAUGGCCCUGCGAGUCAAGCCGACGACCGCCCUGGCGCCCUUCCGGGCUGCUGCCGCAUUCGACGCCUCCAGCUCGCGUCGACAUGCGAGCUCUUUGACGCCUCAUAGCGGUGCCUCGGCGCUGGCCAAGGCCCGCAAGGAAGUUCCCCUUGCGAGCCAGGAGCCCACCAAAGGUCCCCUCGAAUACGCACUCACCUCCCUCGAUGCCAUCACCAACUGGGCGCGCCAAUCCUCCCUGUGGCCCAUGACGUUUGGCCUCGCCUGCUGCGCCGUCGAGAUGAUGCACCUCUCCACGCCCCGCUACGACCAGGAUCGCCUGGGAAUCAUCUUCCGUGCUUCGCCCCGACAGUCCGACGUCAUGAUCGUCGCCGGCACCCUCACCAACAAGAUGGCCCCCGCCCUGCGCCAAGUCUACGACCAAAUGCCCGAACCCCGCUGGGUCAUCUCCAUGGGCUCCUGCGCCAACGGAGGCGGCUACUACCACUACAGCUAUAGCGUCGUUCGCGGCUGCGACCGCAUCGUCCCCGUCGACAUCUACGUCCCCGGCUGCCCGCCCACCAGCGAGGCCCUGAUGUACGGCAUCUUUCAGCUUCAACGCAAGAUGCGCAACACCAAGAUCACGCGCAUGUGGUACAGGCGGUAG